AGGUACAGGGAGACAGGAGGGAUUCUCAAGCUGAGACUACAGGCAACCACCCGGCACACAGCACUUUCUCACACAUCAAAACCGAGGGAAGAAAUGCUUCUUUCUUUGGGCUUGACAUAAAUAUCACCCCCGAGGAGCCAGUACAAGAAUAAGAUGGCCCGAAAUUCCAUCCACUGGUUCCGGAAGGGCCUCCGUCUCCAUGACAACCCAGCGCUACGAGAGGCUGUCCGCGGGGCGGACACAGUGCGCUGCGUUUACUUCCUGGACCCAUGGUUUGCGGGCUCCUCCAACGUCGGGGUCAACAGGUGGAGGUUUCUCCUCCAGUGUUUGGAGGAUCUGGACGCCAACCUUCGGAAACUGAACUCUCGCCUUUUUGUCAUCAGGGGCCAACCAGCCAACGUGUUCCCACGGCUCUUUAAGGAGUGGAAGAUCUCUCGACUGACCUUCGAAUACGACUCGGAGCCUUUCGGGAAGGAGAGGGACGCUGCCAUCAAGAAGCUGGCCAUGGAGGCAGGGGUGGAGGUCAACGUCAAGAUAUCGCACACCCUCUACGACCUGGACAAGAUCAUAGAGCUGAAUGGCGGGCAGCCUCCUCUCACCUACAAGCGUUUCCAGACCCUGAUCAGUCGACUGGAUCCUCCGGAGAUGCCCGUGGAGACGCUGUCAGACACCCUGAUGGGCCACUGCGUCACCCCCAUCUCUGAGGACCACGGAGACAAGUAUGGGGUCCCAUCCCUGGAGGAGCUAGGCUUUGACAUUGAGGGCCUGCCCUCAGCGGUGUGGCCAGGAGGAGAGACCGAGGCUCUGACCAGGAUAGAGCGCCACCUGGAGAGAAAAGCAUGGGUGGCUAAUUUUGAGCGCCCCAGGAUGAACGCCAACUCGUUACUGGCCAGCCCAACAGGCCUCAGCCCCUACCUGCGCUUCGGAUGCCUCUCCUGUCGCCUCUUCUACUUCAAGCUGACUGACCUCUACCGCAAGGUGAAGAAGAACAGCUCCCCUCCGCUCUCUCUGUACGGCCAGUUACUAUGGCGCGAGUUCUUCUACACGGCGGCGACGAACAACCCACGCUUUGACAAGAUGGAGGGUAACCCCAUCUGCGUCCGCAUCCCCUGGGACAAAAAUCCAGAAGCGCUCGCCAAGUGGGCCGAGGCCAAGACGGGCUUUCCUUGGAUAGACGCUAUCAUGACUCAGCUGAGGCAGGAGGGCUGGAUCCAUCACUUGGCCAGGCACGCAGUGGCCUGCUUCCUCACCAGGGGGGACCUGUGGAUCAGCUGGGAGGAAGGGAUGAAGGUCUUUGAGGAGCUGCUUCUAGAUGCAGACUGGAGCGUGAACGCAGGCAGCUGGAUGUGGCUGUCCUGCAGUUCAUUCUUCCAGCAGUUUUUCCACUGCUACUGCCCCGUGGGCUUCGGCCGGCGCACCGACCCCAACGGGGACUUCAUCAGACGAUACUUACCUGUCCUCCGAGGUUUCCCCGCUAAGUUCAUCUACGACCCGUGGAACGCUCCGGAGUCCGUGCAGGCAGCCGCCAAGUGCAUCAUCGGCGUCCAUUACCCGAAGCCCAUGGUGCAUCACGCCGAGGCGAGCCGACUCAACAUCGAGAGAAUGAAACAGAUCUACCAGCAACUUAGCCGAUACAGAGGACUGGGCCUGCUGGCGUCAGUGCCGUCCACGAAUGGGAACGGGAACGGAGGAAUGAUGGCCUACUCUCCUGGAGAGCAGCAGCCAGGGACCAACAACAACAACUCACAUUUGCCUGGAGUGUCGGGGAGCUCCGUUGCGACGGGUAACGGCAGCGGAAGCAUCCUACUCAACUUUGACAACGAGGAACAGACGCGGCCCAGCAGCGUUGGGCAACAGCAACAGCGACUGCAACCGCUGCCACAUCAACAACAACAGCAACAACAGCAACAACAGCAACAACAGCAACAACAGCAACAACAACAACAGCAUGGAUACCACUCAGUGCCAGACGCCAGCCAGACCAUCACCAGCAGCCGACUCUACCACGAGUUUGCUGUGCCUCAACACCCAGGACUCCUCUUGCACACCAGAGGCAGCAUCACAGGAAAGCGGGAGCGCGAGUCGGAACGUGACGGGUCAGGGGAGGAAGACCCGGCUUCCUACUCCAUGCAUAAGAUGCAGAGGCAGAGUGCAGAGACUACCUAGAGCAGGCGUAGACGAGACUGUCUGUCUGAAUCCACAUUGGUCACCAUCCGGGCAGCAGAGAGUGGAAAUCCCAACGUCGCCACCUGUCCUCAAAACAAAACGCAGCUCCAGACACGACCGCCUCCUCCUCAGACAAACCUUAAACUUCUCUUUCUGUCUUAACA